UCUGCCUAGUAAAGAUUAACGCCAUCAAUGAACUCUUUAAUUGAGCUUGGAAGGCGGAUUCCGAUUGUGCUUCCGCCAGCCGACGUUGACAAACCUGCCUUAUUGGCAGGCGAGCUGACCAAUCAAAACAGGCAGAGGAGACCGCGGGACAACUCCCGCGUAAGGGUAGUUGGGUUUUGAAGUACCCGGCAGAGCUGUUGACGUGACAGAAUGUGGGUUCUCCUUCCAAGGCCAGGGGAACUACAAUCCCCAGCAGGCACCGCGCUGUCAGGCCGUUCCCUUCCCCCCACCUUAGUGCCUGAGCGGCUUGACCAGACAGCUGCUGCAACUGCAUGCAGCAAGAGGUAGGGCUGAGGCGUUGGGAAUUGCACAGACAGGCGAUUGCACAGAAAGGCACACGGGUGUAGUCGUGUGCAUAGCCCUUGGCAGCAAGUAGGUGUCACUAGUGAAAGGCAUCUGCUGAGAGAUCUGGAACCGAAGAAGGUGGCCACUGGGAAGCAGACCGACCGUCACACCGAGUCAGCAGCAGCAGCCCUGGAGGAGGCCAAGACCACUGGCUCGUGUGGGAGCCCAGAAACACCCCCUGAACCUCAUGACCCUGGCAGUUCCCUGCCCCUGACACCCCAGAUGGAGAGUCACUCAGAGGAGGAAGAUCAUGGUGGCCCGGGCCGGAACGGUAGGGGUCCCCGGACCCGCAGCCCAAGGAGCUACUCAGUGGAGGCCGUGCUGAGCCGGAAGAAGCACCGCCGGCGGCCUUCCAAGCGCAAGCGGCACUGGCGGCCCUACCUGGAGCUGAGCUGGGCCGAGAAGCAACAGCGAGAUGAGAGGCAGAGCCAGAGGGCCUCCCGGGUCCGAGAGGAGAUGUUCGCCAAGGGCCAGCCUGUGGCGCCCUACAACACCACCCAGUUCCUGAUGGAUGACCGAGACCCCGAGGAGCCUGACCUGGAUGUGCCCCGGGGGGCCUCCCACCCGGGCUCCAGUGGGGAGAGUGAAGCAGGGGACAGCGACGGGCGGGGCCAAGUUCACGGCGAGUUCCAGCAGAGGGAUUUCUCCGAGGCCUACGAGCGCUACCACACGGAGAGCCUGCAGGGCCGCAGCAAGCAGGAGCUGGUGCAAGACUACCUGGACCUGGAGCGGAGGCUGUCCCAGGCGGAGGAGGAGACGAGGAGGCUGCAGCAGCUGCAGCGCUGCGCCAGCCGGCAGUCCUGUCGCCUGGUGGAGGAGCUGGCCGCCGAGGUGGAGAGGCUCCGGACGGAGAACCAGCGGCUUCGGCGGGAGAAUGAGAUGUGGCGCCGAGAGGGCAGCCUCGGCGGCGGCGGGGAGCCAGGCACCUAGGGGUGCCCCCCACCCUGCCCCUGGCCAGGAUCGCCCACGUGGACAGUUCCGUUCCCCAUGCGCUCAGGCCGGCUGGGUCUCCGGGGGGCAGGGGAGCCCGUGAAAACCGCUCCGGGCACCCUGCGCUCCCUGAGAACAGCCUGACUUCCACCUUGUCAUUUUCACAGUUUGUUCUUUGAUGUCAUCUUAUUUUUCACAAAGAAAAUAAAUGGUUUUGGUGAAAUCA